AUGGCUUCCCCAACAAAAGACCGCAUAACCUGCCACGUCCUCGACACCUCAACCGGCACCCCCGCCCGCGGCGUCCGCGUGCAGCUCUCCACAACCACCACCGCCUCCUCCUCGCCCGCCCCGGCGCCAGGCCAGCCCGCCCUCCCCAAGACCUUCGAGUCCCUCACCGACGACGACGGCCGCAUCAAGGCCUGGCUGCCGUACUCGUCCUCGUCCACCGCCGGCGAGGUCCCCGUGUACACCCUCGAGGACGUGCUGGGCGAGAUCAAGGGCCCCUCGCGCUGGGAGCUGCGCUUCGACACGGCGGCGUACUUUGGCGGCGACGACAAGACCUUCUUCCCCGAGGCCGUGGUCGUCUUCACCGUCCAGGAGGGCCAGCAUUACCAUGUCCCGCUGCUGGUGAGUCCGUAUAGCUAUACGACGUACCGCGGCAGCUAA